AUGCCAAUCUUCACUAAAAAGUUUUCACCUAAGGUGGCACCUCCGCGAACCCAACGGUUGAACAUUGGAUGCCCGCCGCAGCAGGAGGACCUCGACGACUUCAAAUCUAUCCGGCUAAAUCUGCUGGACAAACAGCUGUGCUUCGUGGAUGGUGUCUGGAUGAGUUCGGUCAAAGCGUCGGGAAGCGGUGCCGCCGCCGGAGGUGCUCUGUCCACGACCGCAAUCGACGAUCUGCUUAGGAUGAAACGGAGAGUGAAAACUUUGGAGCAGGAAAAUAAUCUCUGCCAGGUGAAGCUGGACGUGCUGCUUGACUUACUAACGGAGAAAGAAAUUGAAUUGAACGCGAUGAAAGGUCAAUAA